UGAUGCACUAGUAACUGGUAUCAGUUCUCAGCUUUCUUCGCGCAAGGACAGCUCUUAUUCUCUAAGCGAUUAACUCUGUCUUUGUGUGUGUGUGUGUGUGUGUGCAUGUGUCAAAUAAUCAUUAAUUGUAGCAAAAAUUCAACGUUUCAACAUGAAGAUCCUGUUGGUAUUUUUGGUUUACGUCACCCUCACAUAUUGCGGUAAAGCUAAAAAGCAGAUUCACGAUCAACAAGUAGUCGACAGUUAUGAGUUUGAAUAUGUGGAUCACGGUGGACCCGCAUUAAGCUUAAUCGAUUCAAAUGGUCACUAUGUCGAAGCAGCGCCCGUCGUUGCUGCGAGUGGUCAUCGCUCAAGCCUUAUUCGACCUGGUUAUAGCGUGGGUGGUCCUUUAGCCAGUAUAGCUAAAGGAGCCGCUGAUCAGGCAAACACGCAAUUGAAUCAGCAACCAGUAGCCGCUGGACAGGCGGCAUAUGUAGCUAAAAAUACACUGGCACAAGCGGCAGCACAAUCCGCGGCGACGGCCGCUGCAGCUUUGGCCGGCAAACAGAUUAUCGUAAUGGGCCUAGAACAGCAAUCGAGAGACGCGCAAGUCGCGGUGGACGGUGAGAAGCAACAACUUCAACAGGCUCAACGUGCGGCCACAGCCGCAAGGAAUGCGGCGCAACAAGCGAUGCAUCAAGUACAAGUGAUAACCACAGCGUUAAACGCGGCGCAAGCGACCGCCGAACAUGCCGCGCAAGCGGCGGCCGAAGCUGCGGCCGAGCUGGCCGCGCAAACGACGAUGGUGGGUCAAGCUAAGGCGCGCGCUGAAACGAUAGCCGAGCAACUCGCGGCGGCGCGCUUAGAUUUUGAGACGACACAAGCGGCAGCGCAAAAAGCCGCCAAUGCCGCUCAAACGGCGCAGAGCAAUGCAGCGGCCGCGGCCGCGCACGCGGCUAAUACCGCGGCUGCGGCUGCGACUGCGAGUCAUUCGGCCUCCUUACACGCCGCCACCGCCGAUGAGCCUAUCAGCCUAGCAAACACCUUGCCCGUAGAUACAUUUCAUUACAAGAGUUAUCACCUUUAAGAUCUUUCUCGGCGCAGUUCUCUCGUGCGGUUCUUCCUUUUGCAGGUAUACGGUGCACUUGCCCGUAGCGCUACUGAGAUAACGGCGCUAUACACAAAGAUCAGGUAGACCCAGGUGGUCUCCUUUGCUGCUUUCUAAUCAGUAACACUCCAGCGAUUGUGUGCAUUACCAUCGUGUGUUUACAUGCCAGACUGCACAAUAAAAUAUUGUUGCCAUCCUAAA